AAGAUUCCGUAAGCAAUUGCCUUGAUUCCGCACUUUGCAAUAGUAAGCAUAAGACUUACUCCGGCCUUCAUCCACCCCCCCUCGUCACUGAUUACGCCGGGGUUUACUACCUAGAAGCCGGGGUGUGUGUGCCCACAUUCCGGGGUUCUUGGCGAUCUAAUCUACAAAUCUGAUAUAAAUGUCGGCAAUGGCGCCGCAAAACAUUCCCCACCGUCCGAUCAACGCAUACAGAGUCCCUGCCAUGUUGCGAAAUCUCUCCUACAAGCUGGGCUCAGCACUAUCGUCGUCAUCCGAAGUCUCCCUCAGCAAGGACAGCGACGAGUUCACCAAAGUCAAGAAGACGGAGGAGUUGUUUCCGACUACCAAUCCAGCGAUUGAUGGCGACGACUGUUUACAUGACUGUGCCAGUUGCAGCGUCAAGUAUCCUCGCAAAUUCGAAAUUGACGAGACAGAGGAGCUGUUCGGCCAUGUGAAGGGCUUCAACACGCACUUACUUGUUGCAACCGGGAAAACAGACUGGGUGCGCGAUGUCGCCGACGAAAAAGGCAGUAUUAUGGAGGCAGUCGACAGAGGAACCAUAAAGCCCAGCAAUGGUAAACUCAUGCUAUCCGCCUCCAACAUCCCCAUCCCAGACCACUCAGACCACAGCUCCAUGGUCCUACUCCUCCCCUCCUGGCAAUUCAUAGACAACGUAACGCCCACAAACGUCCCGGACCUCAUCACGCGCUUCGUCAACCCAGGACCAACAAACAACACGCCGUUGCGCCUGCACACCGCUGCGCUACCCUCCUCCACAACCCCGGAUGAGUCUUCUUCCGGAUCCCCAUCCACACCCGAACCCGCCGCCGCGAUACCACCGUCUCUCCCCGCCACCACCACAACGCCACAACUCAAAGCGCGACCAUGUCCGCACAAAUACCUCAUUCUAAUGUGCAGCCAGAAAACGCGAGAUGCGCGCUGCGGACAGUCUGCGCCUCUGCUGCGCAAGGAGUUUGAGCGCUUACUGAGGCCCAUGGGGCUGUACCGCGAUUUGCACGAUGAAAGACCCGGCGGUGUAGGCAUAUAUUUUAUCAGUCACGUCGGCGGCCACAAGUUUUCGGCAAAUGUCAUGAUUUAUCGGCAUUCGUCGGUUGUUUCGCAGGGAAACCAGGCAAAUGGGACUGCGACUAAUAGCCAUACGAAUGGCGCGGAAAAGCAGCUUGCGGAUUUGAAGUUGGAGGAUGAAGAGGGCAAGGAGGUUGUGCUGGAUGCGAAUAAAGAGCAGGAGGCAGAGGGGAGGGGAGAGGCUGCGCAGUGUAUUUGGCUUGCGCGGGUCAAGCCAGAGGAUUGUGAGAAUAUCAUCAAAUACACUGUGCUGCAGGGCAAGGUUGUCAAGCCGGAGAGGCAGCUGAGGGGUGGGUUCGAUAGGUGCAAACAGCUGGCUAGCUGGUAAUUGGCUGUUAUGCCAAAUGUUUGGGAUUACCUGGGAGUUCCUUCGUAAAGUAGGUGAUGCAAUACCCCGCUGCUGUUGGCAGUACAUAUAGUAGAUCGUCUAUUCACAGCAUACACGGCGCGUAAAAUAGACUUGAGUUCAA